AUGAUUGCAGUCUUUGCGCUCUUCGCUCUUGCAGCUCUCAGCCUUACUGAAGCUCGCAUUGACCCUUGCAAGCUGCCUAUCGAGCCAGGUUUGUGCCGUGCCUACAUCCCCAGAUGGGGCUACGAUCAGGAGUCAGGCGACUGUGUUCGCUUCAUAUACGGUGGCUGCGGUGGCAACAAAAAUCACUUCCACUCGAAGGAGCAAUGUGAGAACAUGUGCGGUCGUUAA